UAUCCAAUUCGUAUCCCUGCCUUCGUCUCGCUGUCUGGCUGCCUGCCAAAACCCUUCCCCUCUAAUUUCUCCAACCUUUGUCCCCAACUCUUCCUGGGUCUCCUUCCCCAAGUCGCAUACCAGAUCUCUCCUCCCCUCAUUCUCUCCUCUCUGAUGCCGAAUUCUCCACCAUCUCUGUAGACUCCGAGCUCUCUCUCCCUUUCAAAUGGCGGCCCGGAAACCUCAGCGAACCCCUCAGGAGAUCGAGGACAUCAUCCUCCGCAAGAUCUUCCUCGUUUCCCUCGCAAGUCCUGUAGAAAAUAACCCUAAAGUUGUCUACUUGGAGCUCACCGCCGCCGAGAUCCUCAGCGAGAGCAAGCCCCUCAUGCUCUCCCGAGACUCCAUGGAGAGAGUCCUCGUCGAUCGCCUCUCCGGAAAUUUCCCCGACGCCGAGCCCACCUUUCGCUAUUUGAUUGGGUGCUAUCGCCGGGCAUAUGAGGAGGGUAGGAAGGUGGCCUCGAUGAAGGACCCGUCAGUCCGAUCGGAGAUUGAAUCCGCCGUUAGACAAGCUCGCAAAUUGGUCGUCUCUUAUUGUAGGAUCCAUGUCGGAAAUCCUGAUAUGUUUGUGCCCACGGGUCAAGUUGGUGUUUCUGCGACUUCGGAGCUCCUCUCAUUAAUCUUCUCCGAGGUUUCGACUCCGAUGGAUGGGUUCGGAGGAAACAGCUUGGGUGGCGAAUUGAGCUGCCCGCCCGGAUUUUUGGAAGAGUUCUUCAGGGAGGCGGAUGCUGAGAGCUUGGAGCCGAUUAUGGUGGACUUGUUUGAUAAAUUAAAGCAGAGUGUCGAUCGGGUUUCGGCAUUAGGAAACUUUCAGCAGCCGUUGAGAGCGCUGCUCUUUUUGGUGGGCUUUCCAAAUUGUGCCAAGGCUUUGGUGAAUCACCCCAGGUGGAUCCCGAAAGAGACUUACUUGCUGAUCGGGGAGGGCAGGGUGAUUGAGAUAGCAAGCAUUGUAGGAGCUUUUCUUCAUGUCAGUGCCCUGCCUGAUUACAAGGAUUUUAAGAGUAAACCAGAUGUUGGCCAGCAAUGCUUCUCUGAAGCAUCAACGCGUCGACCAGCUGAUUUGUUAUCAUCUUACACAACAAUCAGGACAGUCAUGAAUGUUUUAUAUGAUGGCCUUGGGGAAGUCUUUCUUGCCCUACUGAAAAAUGUAGAUACAAGGGAAAAAGUUCUUGAAUAUCUUGCUGAGGUAAUUAAAAAAAACUCAGCAAGGUCCCGCAUGCAGGUUGAUCCAAUAUCAUGUGCCAGUUCUGGAAUGUUUGUGAAUCUUAGUGCGGUAAUGCUUCGGCUUUGUGAACCCUUUCUAGAUGCAUCUACAACAAAAAGGGACAAAAUUGAUCCAAAAUAUUUAUUUUAUAACAAUCGUCUAGAAUUUAGACAAUUGACAGCAAUGCAUGCAUCAUCUGAAGAGGUUGCAGCAUGGAUAGAUAAUGCAAACUGUGAGAAGACUGAUGGGCAUAUCAAUAACAUUGGGGAAGGUAACCGUGUAUUAGAAUCCCAAGAAGCUACCAGCUCUGGUUGUAAUAGUGAGAGUGUUGCCCUUUCUAAAGCAAAGCCAUUGAUGGGUUGUUCAAGAAAGAAUAAAUAUUCAUUUAUAUGUGAAUGUUUCUUUAUGACUGCAAGAGUACUUAACUUGGGUCUCAUGAAAGCAUUGUCAGACUUCAAACAUCUUGCUCAGGAGUUAGCAAGGUGUGAAGAAGAUUUAUCUACAUAUAAAGCCAUGAGAGAUCAAGGUGCUUCUCCACAACUUGAGGCUGAUAUAAAACGACUGGAAAAAGCAAUCGAGAUAUUAUCACAGGACAAACUCUGCUAUGAAGCUCAGAUACUAAGAGAUGGGACACUGCUUCAACGCGCGCUAUCUUUCUACAGAUUAAUGGUUGUGUGGUUGGUUGGUCUAGUUGGUGGAUUUAAAAUGCCAUUGCCAUCAAAAUGCCCUAUGGAAUUUGCAUGCAUCCCAGAGCAUUUUGUUGAUGAUGCAGUGGAUUUACUUAUUUUAACUUCUCGAAUCCCAAGAGCUUUGGAAGGAGUUGUGUUGGAUGAUUUUUUGAAUUUUAUUAUCAUGUUCAUGGCAAGUCCAUCUUAUGUCAAAAAUCCUUAUCUGAGAGCCAAGAUGGUUGAAGUAUUGAAUUGCUGGAUGCCGCAAAGAAGUGGCUUAUCUUCUACAGCCUCCCUUUUUGAAGGGCAUCAAUUAUCUCUUGACUAUUUAGUUAGAAAUCUUCUAAAACUUUAUGUGGACAUUGAAUUUACUGGCUCUCAUACACAGUUCUUUGAUAAGUUCACCAUUCGCCACAAUAUUGCUGAACUUCUAGAAUAUCUGUGGAAUGUGCCUAGUCAUCGCAAUACAUGGAGACAAAUCGCUAGAGAAGAGGAGAAGGGAGUUUAUUUGAAUUUUUUGAAUUUCCUUAUCAAUGAUAGCAUUUAUCUUCUUGAUGAGAGUUUAAAUAAAAUUCUUGAACUCAAAGAAAUAGAAGCAGAAAUGGCUGAUUCUGCAGAAUGGGAAAGAAGGCCAGCUCAAGAGAGGGAGGAGAGAAUGCGUCUGUUUCAUUCACGAGAAAAUAUUGUUCGAUUUGAUAUGAAGUUGGCAAAUGAGGAUGUUGGGAUGCUUGCAUUCACAUCCGAACAAAUUCCUGCUCCUUUUCUUCUUCCAGAAAUGGUAGAAAGGGUGGCAAGCAUGUUGAACUACUUCCUUCUACAACUUGCUGGCCCUCAACGAAAAUCUCUUAGUGUGAGAGAUCCAGAAAAAUAUGAGUUUAGACCAAAGCAAUUGCUAAAGCAAAUUGCCAAGAUAUAUGUUCAUAUUGCAAGGGGUGACAAGGAAAAAAUCUUUCCAGCUGCAAUCUCAAAGGAUGGGCGCUCUUAUAAUGAGAAACUAUUUGCUUCUGCAGCUGAUAUUUUAUGGAAAAUUGGCGAAGAUGGAAGGAUCGUUCAGGAAUUUGUUCAGCUUGGUGUUAAAGCCAAAGAAGCAGCUUCUGAAGCAAUGGAUGCUGAGGCUGCCCUUGGGGAGAUACCUGAUGAAUUCCUAGACCCAAUCCAGUACACAUUGAUGAAGGAUCCUGUCAUCUUACCUUCAUCAAGGGUGACCAUAGAUCGAGCGGUCAUCCAGAGGCAUCUGCUUAGUGAUAAUACUGAUCCAUUUAGCCGUUCCCAUCUCACUCAAGACAUGCUAAUACCCAACACCGAGCUUAAGUUAAGAAUUGAGGAAUUCAUCAGAUCCCAGGCAUUGAGGAUGCAUAGCCAGGGAAACUCAAACACUGGAGCCGCUGAACCAGCCGAUGGUGUAACUGAUAUGGAAGAGUAAACCCAGAAAUGUAGAAAUUGGAUUUGCAUGGUGAAGCUAGUCAUGAAAGAUGAAUUGAAGUUUGCUGAAGAUUUAGAUUUUACACAAUAUAGUGAUGAUCUUAUUAUCAUAAUGCAUGGUCUGAUAGCCUGCAUUCCUGCUCCAAAAACUCAUUUUACAGGGAGAGGGAGAUAGUUUCAAGGCAAAGUUAGAAAAUACUCUUUCUCGAAUUAUACUCAAUAACAUUUAUGUAUUGUAUAUGAUCAUUUUGGUGAUCAUCUGUUCCAUCAUUUAUCCAACUGCUUAUGUAAAUGGAAAUCAGAUAAAUCUAGCUACUUGCCUGUAAAAGAUAUUAUCUAAUCUCAUCACUCACAAUUCCCACCAUAAAA